AUGAAAAAAAGACAACAACAAAAACAUCAAAAUUCAAAUAAAUUAAUUAAUUCUAAUCAAUCAUCUGAAAUCAUAACAAAAAAAUUUUCAAUAUUUGUAACAGAUUUUCUCACUGAUCCAUGUGGUUUACCUGCUGAAUUAAAAGAUUGUAUAUUAGUCGAUGAAACAAAUGAAGAUAUUUAUUUAUCGAAUAAAACACAAGUUUUAAAAAAACAAUCUUUACAAAUUCACUAG